AUGUCCCAGUUACUCUCCCCAAUCGCCCUACGGGCCCUCCGGACCCUUGUUAGCCGUCCAGCACUCUCAACCCCCCUCCGCCGAACCCUCGCAACCAAAACCAUCACAGCAGCGCCCAUCACCUCGCGCUUCAACUUCCGCCCCGUCUUCCGCACAGCCGCUACCGGCUUCUCCUCAGGCUUUGCAAAGUCUACGGCCACGCGCCAGUUCUCCAGCUCACCGAUCAUCCGCGCAACGUACAACCAGGUCCGUCGCGGGAUCCGGACUGGACAGAAGGCUCGGAGGGGUGGGUCUCCGGCACUGAAGAAUACGCCGGGUCUGAAGGGUGUUUGUCUUAAGACUGGUAUUACGAAGCCUAAGAAGCCGAAUUCGGGCGAGAGGAAGGUUGCCAGAGUAAGGUUGAGUUCGGGGAAGGUUAUUACUGCUUAUAUUCCUGGUGAAGGCCACAAUAUCCAGCAACAUAGUGUUGUUCAGGUUCGCGGUGGACGUGCUCAGGAUUGUCCAGGUGUGAAGUAUACGCUUGUUCGUGGUGCGAUGGAUUUGGGUGGUGUUGGAAGUCGUAUGACGAGUCGCUCGAAGUAUGGCACGAAGAAGCCGAAGACUAACUAA